CUCAAUCCGAUGUUCCUGGAACCCAGUGUUCCGCUGUAAGUAGUGGCAUUGUUUUGUUGCCGUGUUUCUUCCCCCGUUGGUGCUGUGCUCCUCACAAUUUGCUGGGUUAACGACCGCAUGUUGGACUGGGUUGUGUGCGUCUGUUGUCCUUUCGGCUUUUUCCAAAUGGAUUCGGAGAAGUCGUACCCAGGCUGGUGAGGCCGUAGGGGAGGACGCGGAGUAGGCUUGGGAGUGGCAUGAGAGUGGUGUGGCGUUGAAGCGUGGUGUGGAGUGGAGUUGAGAGGAUGGGAGCUCCGGGACCGCCUGGGGGUUUUGAUGCGCAGAAGUACACGAGGGGUGGGCAGUAUGCUCCGCAGAUUCAUCCCUCGCAGGGUCAAGGUGGGCAUCCCGCGACGUCGGGUGGAUUCUACUCGCAGCCAGUUCCGUCGGCGUUCCCCACCGCGAGCUUUGCCCCGAGUGCGAGCGUUGCGCCGAAGUCGAGUUCGUUCCCCCCGCUUCCAGGCGGUGGGGCGAUGUUCAACGCGGCGAACGUGCCCCAAGGAGCGGGUGCAAUUCCGAACCCAUUCUACUUUGCACGGGAUCGCGGACAGGGGGGUGGUGGGUAUGCGGGGGGCGGUGGUGCCCCCGGUCCGCUGCCUGUUCCGAAAGCGGGCGAUUUUUCGCUGGGUGGCGGAGGUGGCUCCCACCCGUCGCCGACAGCGUCGAGCGCGGCGGGGGCGUCAGUCGGGCAAGAGAGGGGCGCGGUGGGAGUGUCGAGCUCACCGCUGGACGGCGCCCGGCUGAUGGCUCUUCUGACGACACAGUCUGCGGCGGAGGGUGGGGGCGAUGGCGCGGCGGGGAGCGUGGUGCCGGAGCUGGAAGUGGCGGCGUCGGAGGGGAAGUUCGGUGGGGCGAAAGCGCCGGCGAUGACGAUGGCGAGUGCGGGCACGGUGGCGAGCAGCACGGUUCCCGCAGGUUUGCCGAAGGCGCUGCAGGACAGCAAGCUGCCGCGGGGGAGGGUUCUGCAGGGAGAGCGGAUCGUGUACGACGUGGACGUGCGGAGGGCGGACGAAGCGCAGCCUCAGCUGGAGGUUCGAUCGAUCUGCGCAUACGGGUCGGACCCGGAGCCGAUAUUGGGAAGGCAAAUAGCAGUGAACAAGGAUUUCAUCUGCUAUGGGCUACGAGGGGCGAAUAUUCGGAUAAUCAACCCGACAGCAGAAUCGAAGACGCUGCUGCGAGGGCACGGUGAGAGGGUGACGGACAUGGCUUUCUUCGCGGAGAACGUGAAUAAAUUUGCAAGCGCGAGUACGGACGGAAGAGUGUUCGUGAGGCUGAUCGUGGAGUCGCGCGACAAGGAUGGGAAGCCGUUUAUACAGGAUCAGAUCGUGGCAGCGGUACACUUCAUCGGCGACUGGGAGUCGACGAAUCCACGAAUCUGCUGGCAGACGCAGGACACUCUGCUGGUGGCGGUGGGGAAGUACAUAUUGUCGAUGGAUCUGAAGAAGUUGGAGAAAGCGGGUCCCGCGGGGGUUCCGACGACAGAGGAGCCGGUGGUGUGUGAGAUGAAGGGAUUGGUGGAGGGCGUGACGUUGAUCGGGCAGCACGAGGAGGAGGUGACGGAUCUAGCGGUACCGUUGUACUCGCAGAGCCACGUUGCUUCCGCUUCGGCAGAUGGUUCGGUGCGAAUUUGGGGGCCAAAUGGAUCCGGAUAUGUGUCUUCGUUCGUUCCACACAUGGGAGAGGUUGUGGGCGCCGUAGCGUUUCUGUCUGCGCCGGGGUUUCCGGAACAGUCGGUGCUGCUCACUGCGGGACACCAGAUGAACCGGGAGCUGAAGCUGUGGGCGCCGGAGGAGAGCGCGUCGCCGUCGAAAUCCGGGAACGUGAUGUGGGAGUGCAUCCAGACGGUGGAGUUCACGAGCUCGGCGGCGGGAGACGACAUGGAGACGGCAUUCUUCAACCAGGUGGUGGUGGCGCCCGGGGCGAACUUGAUCGUGGUGGCAAACGCGAAGAAGAACGCGAUCUAUGUGGUGCACGUGCAGUUCGGGGGUCGAGGGGGGAGAGCGCAGAUGAAGUAUCUGGCGGAGUUUUCGGUGACGAUUCCGAUCCUGAGCUUGAUGGUGAGGGAGCAGCGCGGAUCGGAAGGGGGACAAGGGGCGGUGGUGCAGAUCUACUGCGUGCAGACGUUAGCGAUCCAGCAGUACUCGCUGUUGGUGUCGCAGUGCGUGCCGAUGUCGACGGAGAAGAGCGCGAGACAAGCGACGGGGGUGGUGGACAAGGCGGCGGUGAAGGUGGUGACGAGCACGGCGGGAUCCGGGGGUGGCGGAGGAGGAGCGGAGAAGGCAGGGACGAAGGGGGAUGUGGCGGGGACGGGCGGGGACGGUGCGGGAAGCGGAGCUCCGAACGUGCCACCGGGUUACGGGCGAAUCACGGUGGCGUUGGAGAACCUGAUGGAGGGGGGUCAGGCGCGGACGGAGAUGGCGAAGAUGAUAGCGUCGACGAAGCUGAGCGCGGCGGGGAUCGCGCAGACGCUGGCGGAGGAUGAUGGGAAAGCGGGGGGCGAGAUGGGGACGGAGAAGGGGACGCAAGGGCGUGGGGGCGGGGGUGAGAAAGGUGGGAAGCAGGAUGCGGUGGCGGUAGCGCCGGUGAGAAUCCUGGCACGGUCGAGGAGUCCGACGAAGAACGUGGAGCAGCAGCGGUACGGAGCGGGGUUGGGAGGGGUGGCGAAGAGCGGCGGGGAGGAUGCGGAGGAGGUGAGGUUUAGCCCCGGCGGGCUGCGACGGCCGGCGUCGGGGACAGCGGAGGAUUCGAGCAACGCGAGGGUGGGCGGUGGUCGAAGCGGCGGAAUGGGGCGGCAGGAGUAUGUGUUUAUAUAA